AUGGCACGGAGACGGCGCGCGAUGCUGGCGCUCGGCGCGCUGGCGGCCGCGGCGGCGCAUUGCAACGCGGCGCCCGCGCCGCCGCCGCCCAGACGCCUCCUCUCCUUCGACAGCGCAGUGACAGACACAGUGACCGACGUGGCGGGCGCCGCGGUGGACACGACCAGCAACCUCGUGAACUCUUUGGCGUCGACGGUGCUGGGCACGGCCGACGCGGACACGACAGCGACAGCGACGGCUGAACCGGGCGGCGGCCUGUCGGCGUCGGUCUCCCUGACGAUCGGGGGCGCCACGGCCACGUCGACGGGCGACGACUUGCUGGCGUCGAAAAUUGCGACCACGAGCCCGGCAGCGGAGACGACGACGACGAGCUUCAGCGACGACAGCAGCACACCCACGGGCAUCGCGGAUUCGGUCCCUGUAGCGACGACGACGACGCCCUCGACGGGGAUCUCCGUGUCCGUGACGGUCUCGUUGACGGGGUCGGGGGACGGACAGGAGCCGACGGAGACCACGCCGGCACCGACAACAAGGACACCAGCUCCGACGACGGAAAGGCCGACAGCAGCUCCUACAGCGCCACCAACCACCACAGCACCGACAGUGCCACCGACCACCACAGCACCAACAGCGCCACCGACCGCGGCGCCUACGCCUGCCCCUACUGCUGCACCAACAGCAGCGCCGACUACGGCGCCGACUAUAACACUUACGCUGCCGCCUGCAGAGGACGAAACAGGAAACGAGUCGGCAGCGUACAGUGGCUCGGACGGCGCGGCGCCGACGGCAGCGCCAGCGCCGACCACGCAGGCACCAACGAUCUCGGUGGCCACGCUGGUACCCGUGGCAGUAUCUGUGCCGACUCUGGCGCCGACGACUGUCUCCGUCUCCGUGGCCACACAAGCUCCGACGACGGUCUCAGUGUCAACUCCCGUAGCGGUUCCAGCGGAAACUUAUGCACCUGUCGAGGUAUCAAAAUCGACCGAGACUCCAGCGGCUACUGAUGCCCCCGUGGGUUCAACAGAGCCCCCUGUUUCAGUACCAGUAUCAACGAAUGCCCCUGUGACAGUGGCAACGGAUGUCCCCGUAGUGGUGCCUGUGUCCACUGAUGUCCCUGUGGUCGUUCCUGUAUCAACAGAGAUUCCUAAUACGGCACCUAUUACCGUAGCCCCAACUCAAGCCCCUACAGCAACUCAGGCCCCCACACCAGCUGCAGACUCGCCGACAAGUUCGACGUCAGGUGCACCUCCUGACCGCGAUAUUGCUGGCGAUCAAACUGUAGCAACAGGAUCAAGCUCCACGGAUGCUGCAGUGGUUUUACCGGACGAGAGUACUGCUGCGUCUUUAGCGACUACCAGCCCCCCAGUGGUAAGCACAGGAAGCGCGACAGGUACUCCAGCUGCAGGUGCGACGGCGUCGCCCGCCCUCCCGUCGACCAGCGCAGGCUCCCUUGAUUCAAGCCCGAACAACGAAACAGUGAUAGUAUCUUCCCAGAGCGGAAGCGAGGACCAAAUGAGUCCGGGACACGUUCAUGCAAGCUCAAGUGCUGAUGUAAGCUUGGACGGGUCUUCUGAUGAGCUCAGCUUUGGGAGCUCCGACGUGAUUCACAGUGGCAAGCAGAAGAAAAAUAAGAAGAAGCAGGACGCGCGUAGCAGCAGCAGCGGGGAUUACAGUGCCAACAGCAGCAACAAGGGAGACCCGAGCAAACUAUCAAGUACAAGUACAAGUACAAGUACCAGCAACAGCGGGAGCAGCAGAGGCGGAAGCAAUGGGUUCGGAGGCAUUCUCAAUCCUGGCGGCGUGUCGGACGUGAACACAAGCUCCGCCACCUACUACAGCUUGGGCACAGGGUCGAUUGUUGCCAUCGUCGGUGUCAUUGCAGGCAUUGCAGGCGUCUUGGUGCUCUUCGUAGCUAUCAGCCGGAAGAAGUACACGGACGAGGAUGACGAAAGCCCUGUUCCGUAUGGCGUGAACAUCCGCUCCAUGGCGCGGCUCUCACCGACCUUCAUGCAGGACGACUCGUUCAUGGAGAGCGGCUACAACGGCACUGCGCUCAUGGUGGCAGUGCCGCCGCAGACCAACCAGUUCGACGGGGCCUCUUCCACUAGCGGCGAAAGCUCGGACGAAGUGCCAUCACUCCGUGGCUACGCGAUGAUGAACACCACCAACUGUGACCCGUUGGCCGACAUCAGCAUACGGAGCCGGGUGCCAACUACGAUGAGCUUUAGCGGUGAAGAAGAUGCUGGCAACGUGCGGACGUCUGCGUUGUAUUCAUCAGGGGGGUCGUCCAUGACAAGUAGCAGCGCUAUCAGCUCGUGGAGUUCAGUACUCGGGUCGGAUACCGAGCGCCAGACCAUGCGAAACACACGCGAUACCUCGUUGAGUGCCUGGUCGGCGACAAAUCUGUCGUCCUUCGGGAGCACAGCCAGCGGCGGGUCGGGGCUGCACCGCUUGACACGGUCGUCGUCUACUUUAUCCGCCGAUAUUCGACAUACGGGAGGUAGCGAUAGAAGUCGCGGAUACUCGGGGCCAACGCUGCCACCCCCGCAGGAGGAGGAAGCGAGUCGCGUCGCUGCCGGGCCUAUCGACUCAAGCCGCAGCAACGAAAGCACCGAGGUGUGA